AUGUUGGGGAAUAGUCAAAUACUAAAUAAAGAGGUAACUACUCCUCAGCCACCAUCAACUCAACAACAACAACAAAGUUUACCAUUUUCAUCGUUACUUCAACAUCAACAACAUCAACAACAACACUCAGUAGUAGCUCCACCGCAACAUCAACAACAUCAAUUACCGUCAUUAUCUAAUAUAACUUCUAUGACUUCUGGGCAUCAUAGUCAUCAUCAUCAUUCACUACCACAACACCAUCAUCACCAACAACAACAAUCGUCGCAUUCUCAUCAACAUCAACAUCCACAUAAUUAUUUACAUCAUAGUAAUAGUCAUCCACCUCAACCACCUCCUCCAAUAACUUCAUCUCAACAUUAUCCUUUACCUUCAUUAAGAGUUCCACCUCCACCUUUAACAAGUUCAUCUACUUCAUCAUUACCACAUUUAACUCCAAAUAUAACAAAUCAUUCAAAUCAUUCAAUAAUAACAUCUUCAUCAGCAUCUUCAUUACCACAAUUAACUCCUACAAUUACUAAUGCAACUCAUUCAACUAUUUCCUCUUCUUCAUCCACUGAAAGUGCUGCAUCAACAUCAUCAAAUAAUACAAAUGGUAGUAAAUCUAAAACUAAAAGAUCAAAUAAAGGUAGAGUAUUCCAAUGUACUGGAUAUCCAGGUUGUAAUAUGUCAUUUACAAGAAGUGAACAUUUAGCAAGACAUAAAAGAAAACAUACAGGUGAAAGACCUUUUAAAUGUCCUUAUUGUUCAAAAAAUUUUAGUAGAUUAGAUAACUUAAGACAACAUAAACAAACUGUUCAUGCUUAUGAAACUUAUUUAACUAAAGAUAAUAGUGAUAGUAAAUUAUUAGUUGAAAGAUCAAAACAAAAGAAGAAAUUAAAACAACAACAAAAGAAAUCUAAUUUAGCUUUAGCUAUGCAUAAUCAACAAGAACAACAACAACAAGCUCAACAACAGCUGCUGCAAGUACAGCAACAACAACAAGCUCAACAUCUUCAACACCAACAACAUCAUCAUCAAGCUCAACAUCAACAAUAUACAUCUACUAUACCAAUGCAACCUAGUGAUUCCUUACACUCAAGACAACAACAAUAUAUUUUCAGACAACAGCCAACACUACAAAACCAUCAUUCAGUUCCAAUCCCACAAUAUUCAAUUCAAUAUUACCAACAACAACCACAUCAACAACAACAACAACAACAACAGGAUCAAUCUCAAACACAACAACCACCACAACCACAAAGUUAUCAUAAGCCAUUACCACCAUUACCUACUCAAUCACCACAAAAUCAACAACCUCAUCAACAACAACAGCAAGUAUCUCCACAACAACCAAAUGACUUAAAGAUCCCUUCAACAAAUUUCAAACCAAAAAGAAGACCAGAACCCUUAUCUUUACAACAUUCAACUUAUGAAUCAGAAUCUCUUAAUUCAGCCAAUUCUCAAACUACAAAAGAUUCUCUUAAUUUUUCACAACAAAGUAUUCCAACAUCUUCACAUAACACAUCAUUCAAUUCAACUUCGACUUAUCCACCCCCACCUAAAUCUGCAUCAUCAUUAGCUUCAAUGACUCCCAAUCUAGCAUCACCAUUAUCACCAAUGUUUCAUUCAUCAUUUAGUAAUAAUAUUAUGAAUAGUAAUCAAAAAUUCAGUAAUAAUAAUAAUCAAUACCAGAUAAAGUUAAAUAGAAAUUCAAGUGGAUCUACAACAAUGACUAAUUCUUCAUCACUUUCUAAAGUCAAUGAUUCAAAUUAUUUUGAACUGGAAAACCCUCCUAGUGGUGGUGAAACUAAUGAAAAUAAAGUUGAAAUUAAUAAUAAUAAUAAACCUAAAUUACCUCCAAUUUCUCAAUUAUUAAAAUCUAAUUUUAAUUUAAAUAAUUUUGGUAAUUUUGAAGAAUCAAAAGAAUCAGAUAAGAAAUCAAAUUGGAGAAAUUAA